AUGGACGAUUCGCUUCCACAGGAAGCCCUCGCCAACUAUAAAGCAUCAAAGGCCCUCACCCAAAGGAACAAUGCUCACAACGCAACCCCCGGCCCUGACCUUAUCUGGGAGAUCAACCUGUUACUUGCCACCGUCACCUACCUGGUAUUAUGCCCUUAUCCCCACAAUAGAUUGGUUGUCAACGUCCGAGGCGUUUUAAUGGAAAUUUUCAAACAUUGGGAUCAUGACCGUGAUCUCGCAGGUUACGUCGAACUCCACGGCACCCCAUUAGGUAUCCGCGUACGGGCCAUCUUGCAACCAAAUGACUUCCCCAAUCAACUCAGCGGUGGUUAUAUUCCUGGUCAACGGGUUCAACUUCAAGGCUAUCUUGACGCUGGCAAAACAACCGAUGAACUGAUCUUUAUUGAGAAGAUGGCCGUCGAAGUAUCUUUGCCGCGGGAAGACUCAAGUACUGCAGUCAGACUGAGCCAAAUGGAAGGCGUUGCCGUUGAAUACGUCUACACAAACCUCGAACAACUCAGGUAUUCAUCUCAGACGGUCGCAGCUAUUUAUAUGGCUGAACGCGCUCUGUUUAGCUCCAACAAGAAGAAUAUCCAAAAAAUCAAUCAAUUCCUCACUACUCAACACCACGGGACCAAAUGUAAUCGUGGCAUCAACAAACUCCGGAGCGAAUCCGUUUGCACUACACUAUAG